CAGCAUCUCUCCUGCUUCUGCUUUGGCGUCCAGAGAGGCAUCUUUGCUCUAUCUUUUGGCCACUGCGGUGGGGCUUCGGAGGCAGAGGCAGACCCCCCUGAAUAGAUCCCUUCCUGACAUAUCCCCCCCAUUAUUGGGGGUCCCGAGCUGGAGAGAGGGGUCUGGGAAGACCCAAGCUCAGGAAGGAGGCGAGAAGGAGCAUCCUCCCAGAAGAACGCUCCCUUGCUCUGCCAUCCUUCCCUUUCCCCCUUCCCCAACCCAUCCUAGCAGAGAUGUUAUCCCGGUUUUGGAGCGCGUUGGUGCUGCUGGGCUGCCUCUGGAUCGUGGCCACCCGAGGCAACCUCUCCCGCGACCCGAGUCAACCCACGACGUCAGAUGAAAUCGUAGUAGCAGGCUCCAAGGUGUUCCUCCGCUGUGAGGUGGAAGACCCCGAUGAUUCCUCACUCCAGUGGUCCAACCCUGCCCAGCAAACACUCUAUUUUGGGGAAAAAAGAGCAUUGCGAGAUCUUCGAAUCCAAUUGGAGAGGUCAACACCCAACGAGCUGACCAUCAGUAUCGACAAUGCAACUCUGGCCGACGAAGGAGAAUACACCUGCUCCAUAUUCACCAUGCCCGUCAGGACUGCUAAGGCCAUUGUCACUGUGCUAGGGAUCCCACAGAAGCCCCAGAUCUUUGGCUACUCAUCUCCUCUUCGAGAAGGCGAUCUGGCCCAGAUGACAUGCAUCUCUUCGGGCAGCAAGCCAGCGGCUGAGCUCCGGUGGCAUAAGGGUGGCAGAGCACUCCCAAGCGAACCUUCCGAGGUGGAAGAAGACUCCAAUGGGAAAACGUUCACCGUCACCAGUCGCGUCGAAUUUGCUGUCGGAAAAGAGGACGACGGCAUUGAGGUCACUUGCACGGUGGACCAUGCCUCCUUGCAGAACUCGGAUAAAUCCACGUCCCAACAGAUAUCAGUAUAUUAUAUGCCAACAGCUAGAAUUGAACCAAAACCUGAGCAUCCACGAGAAGGGCAGAACCUGGAGCUUCGUUGUGAUGGACAAGGAAACCCGAUCCCUCAUCAAUACAAGUGGGAAAAGGAGGGAACCGAUGGACCCCUUCCCGAAGCCCAAGAGAAUAUCCUCAUCUUCCCCAAUUUGAACAAAAGUGACAGUGGGACUUACAUCUGCCAUGCAUCCAGCAUGAUGGGCAUGUUCACCACACGCUAUAAGCUGGACGUCAACGAUGCAAGUCCAGUGGCGCACGCCGGAAGUACCUACCAUGCUGUCAUUGGGGGAAUUGUCGCCGUCAUUGUUUUCCUUCUCCUGAUCCUGCUCAUCAUUCUGGGACAUUACCUGAUCCGGCACAAAGGUACCUACCUGACCCAUGAGGCCAAAGGCUCCGACGAUGCCCCAGACGCGGACACGGCCAUCAUCAAUGCCGAGGGCGGUCAGACUGGCGGGGACGACAAGAAGGAGUAUUUCAUCUGAGCGGGGAGGGUGGGGCAUGGCGGCAGGGCAGCAGGGGGGGAGGAGGAGGAGGAGGAAGAUGUGGCAAAUCGGAACCCAACCUCAACUGAGUGACAGCGGAACCCACCCAACCAAUAUGUCUAUGGAAUUUCUCUCGCGCCUAGGAAGGAAUGGACGGACAGACAGUGGGACGAUGGUGGGGACCAUGAUCGGCGACGGACGGAGAAGGAGGAAGAGAGAGAGAGAGAAAGAAAGGAAGAACCAGCUUGGCUCACAGCGCUUCGUUGAACUUGUAUAAAACAUUGUUACUAAACCGAAACAAAACAAAACAAAACACCUGAACAUUGAGAAACCCCUCCAAAAACCCCCUGUUCCUGCUUGCUUGUACCUACAUAUCUGCAGCUGCCAUACUCGCACUAAACACACAGAGCUGGA